AUGGAGGUAGCACGGGUGACUUGUUGUACAAAAUUUGGGAUGGGAAUUAACUCCGUGGAAGAAGGGUUAGGCUAUAAGGUUUGUGUUCCGGGAUUGUUAGGUGAUGGGAAAUCGGAUGUGGUGGAGUGUAUCCGUACGGCAACGGCUGCUAUAUGGUGUUUUAAAGCAGAGGAAGUGAACUCUAGAAAUAGAUUCCCACGGUCUGAGACGAUGAGAAGAAUUUCACAGAAUUUGUGUUUGAAAAGAGGGACAUGGAGUCCUGAUGAAGAUCAUAAGUUGAGAGCUUAUAUUAAGAGACAUGGCAUUUGCAAUUGGAAUCAGAUGCCCCAAGCUGCUGGUUUGUUAAGGUCAGGGAAGAGUUGCAGGCUUCGUUGGAUGAACUAUCUAAGGCCGGAUAUAAAGCGUGGAAAGUUUAGCAAGGAAGAAGUGCGGACAAUAAUCAAGCAGCAUGAAAAGUUAGGAAAUAGAUGGUCUGCAAUCGCAGCAAAAUUGCCUGGAAGAACAGAUAAUGAUAUAAAAAAUUACUGGAACACCCACUUGAAGAACCGCAUGUACAACAACAUCAUUAAUACUGCAGUGCAAGCACCUAAAGUGCAAGGAGUGCCAAUAUCUAAAGAAGAAUCCAAGAAAAGGAAAUCAUCUGACAAUAUUGAUGCUUCACUUCUCACUGCUCCAAAAAUAUUGAAUUCAGAAGAAUACUCCUCCAAGGGGUUCCCCAUGUCACCAAUUCAAUCUGCUUCUAAUUUCACAUCAAGCUCUAGUCCUGUGAGUGACCUCAACGAAAACCAGACCUCGUCUGGUCUGGAGGAGGAGAAUCCUGGAUUACUUGAAUCUUUUGGAGAAUUUGGUUUGUGGGGGGAGCCAUUGUCAAUGGAAGGUCAAAUGUGCAAGGUGGAUAAUUAUGGGGAAACAUACACAGAUGAAAUGUGGAUCCAAGAGUUGUUGUACUAUCCAAAUGCUUCUCCCAAUUUUGAUGCUGGCGAAAAUUUUUGGAUGGAUUGUUUGAUGCAAGCACAAUUGUUUUUUCGUUGUUGCAAACUUGCAAUUGCAAUGGCAGCUCUUCAUUAUAAAGGAGAUCAAGUUGCAACAAGGUUAGUGUAUUUUGCAGAACCUCCCACUGGUAUAAGGGAAAGUUUAAGGUUUGAUUAUUGUGGGAUUACCACGCCACGUUAUUGUAAGGAUUGCUAG